AUGGUUGCACCUAACCCACUUGAUGUCAUCUCUAUGCUACCAGAUUUUCUUCUGAUCCUCAUAAUAUCAUGUUUGCCAUUCAAAGAAGCCUUAAGGACCAGCGUCUUGUCGAGACGCUGGAGAGAGUUGUACCGUGAAGUAAGAAAUAUUUCGUUCAACGAGGUGCAGAUCUUGAGGACUUACGACAACAUCGAAGAUCAGCAGACUAAAAGAGCUCGGUUCGUUCAAUACAUGAUAAAUUGGGUUUCCAAUUAUGCCGGAGGAGUUAUUGAAAGCUUCGAGCUCUCCUUCUCUAGACCGGUCGGCUUCGAAGCAGAGAUGCAGGUGCUGAUCGAAUUCGCAGCCAUCAGAAAGGUCAAGAAUCUCCUUCUUGAUUUCUCGGAGCGGCGUUGGGCUAACAGAGAAGCAGUAGAAAGAGGAGAAGCAGAAAAUAUGAUUCAAAUGCCGGAGAGCUUCUACAGAGUAACCACCCUCGUGACGUUGAAGUUACUCGCCUGUCGGUUCGAUCCAUCAAAGCUUGCAGAAGCGGGUUCGAUAGAGCGCCUCUACUUUGGGUGGAUGCAAGUCAUGUUGAUCAUGCCUUUGCUGUCAAAGACACCUCUCCUCGAGAGCCUGCACAUCAAGAAUUGCUGGCAAGUUGGUCUUGAAGCGAUAACCGGAUACAACAACCGGUUAAGCAGACUGGUUUUCAAGAACUGUGGCUUCGCAGUGCAGUCCUCUACACUCGAGCUGCCAAAUGUCGAGGUCUUUAAGUAUUCUGGUAAAGUCCAUCGCUUUGGAUUCAAGAAUGUGAAUGAGCGUCUAGAUGAAGUGUCACUGGACUUCCGUCAAGAGAGAUCUUACCAUGAUGGGCUUGGAACACAGCUUUGCGAUCUCCUCUCCAGUCUUUCAUCCGCUAAGACAUUGAUGGUCUGUCCAUUUCUCCUUCAAGUGAUCCAGGUUAGGAAUCAACUGAAACGAGUAAAAGUAGACAUGGAGGCCAGACAGAUGGUGCUGAUGGCGAAUCUUGAACCUCAGGAGUUCAUUGGAAUCAGCUACAUGAUCAAUAGCUGUCCAUUUCUGGAAACCUUGACCUUCCAGUUGCUUGUUUCUAGGCCUGUCCAAAUGGCGGCACCUGAAGUCGAUCCAGAUACAUAUUGGAUGCUUACAAUCACUCAGCAUUAUUUUACGAGGUACGAGACACUGAAAAACGUUGAAAUCUGGAAUUUUGGUGCAGGGACACAUGAGUUACAGGUUCUCAAAUAUCUGAUUGGGCUCUGUCGUGAGUUGGAACGUGUGGACUUAUACAUGCCUUUGGGUCACAGUGAGAGUCAAAUGGAGAGUAUACGUGCUGCAGCUGAACUGGUCGGCGAAACUUUCGACAGGGCCUCCGACCGGCUGACGGUUUAUCUACAUGAAUCUAUGUUUUAA